UGUGGCAGUAAAUCGGGGCGAGUGGGGAAUCCGGCGCAGGAACUGCCGCCGCGGCCCGGAGUGGUGUUUCCCGGACGGGGGCCCACGGCGAUCAGUGGGGUGGAGGACUCGAGAGCUGACAGCUCGCACUUCACCCUCAGUAGCGACAGCGAAGAUAACUCGUUGAGCUGGAACCCCACAGAUCACCAAUAAAAAUGAAGGCGGCGGAUGAGCCUGCCUACCUGACAGUGGGAACUGAUGUCAGUGCCAAGUACCGAGGUGCCUUCUGUGAGGCAAAGAUUAAAACAGUGAAAAGGCUGGUGAAAGUUAAGGUACUCCUGAAACAAGAUAAUACAACACAGUUGGUGCAAGAUGAUCAAGUAAAGGGUCCUUUAAGAGUUGGAGCUAUUGUUGAAACCAGGACAUCUGAUGGAUCCUUUCAGGAAGCUAUUAUCAGCAAGUUGACAGAUGCUAGCUGGUAUACUGUGGUGUUUGAUGACGGUGAUGAGAGAACAUUGAGGCGUACAUCACUUUGUUUGAAAGGAGAGAGACAUUUUGCAGAGAGUGAGACACUUGACCAGCUUCCAUUAACAAAUCCAGAGCAUUUUGGAACUCCAGUAAUAGCAAAGAAAACCAAUAGAGGAAGAAGGUCCUCACUUCCAGUUACUGAAGAUGAAAAGGAAGAAGAAAGUAGUGAAGAGGAAGAUGAAGAUAAGCAACGUCUCAAUGACGAAUUAUUAGGAAAAGUUGUUUGUGUGGUAUCUACAGUUGAGAGGACUGAAUGGUAUCCUGCUCUGGUAAUAUCUCCUAGCUGUAAUGAUGACAUCACAGUGAAAAAGGAUCAGUGUUUAGUUCGAUCAUUUAUCGAUUCUAAAUUUUAUUCUAUAGCAAGGAAAGAUAUUAAGGAAGUAGACAUUCUCAAUCUACCAGAAUCAGAGCUCUCCACUAAACCAGGGCUACAGAAAGCAAGUGUCUUCUUAAAAACUAGAAUUGUUCCUGAUAAUUGGAAAAUGGAUAUAAGUGAAAUCCUUGAGUCAUCCAGUAGUGAUGAUGAAGAUGGUCCUGCUGAAGAAAAUGAUGAAGAAAAGGAAAAGGAAGCCAAAAAGGAAGAAGAGGAGGUGCCUGAGGAAGAGCUUGACCCUGAAGAGAGGGACAACUUCCUCCAACAGCUUUAUAAGUUUAUGGAAGACAGAGGUACUCCAAUCAACAAACCACCUGUUUUGGGCUACAAAGACCUCAAUCUCUUCAAACUCUUUAGAUUGGUUUAUCAUCAGGGUGGAUGUGACAAUAUUGAUAGUGGUGCUGUAUGGAAGCAAAUUUAUAUGGACCUUGGCAUUCCAAUUUUGAAUUCAGCUGCUUCCUACAAUGUAAAAACUGCUUAUAGAAAGUAUCUCUAUGGUUUUGAGGAGUACUGCCGUUCUGCAAAUAUUCAGUUCAGAACUAUUCACCACCAUGAGCCAAAAGUAAAAGUGGAAAAAAAAGAGUUAGAAGAAUCAAUGGAAGAAGCUCUAAAAGUAGAUCAAGAAAUGCCUUUAAUAGAAGUGAAGAGUGAACCUGAGGAAAACAUUGAUUCAAACAGUGAAAGUGAAAGAGAAGAAAUAGAAUUAAAAUCUCCAAGAGGACGACGGAGAAUUGCUCGAGAUGCAAAUUCUAUUAAAAAGGAAAUUGAAGAGGAGAAAACAGAAGACAAAUUAAAAGAUAUUGAUGCAGAAAAUAAGAUUGUAGAUGAUGACUAUGAAACUUCAGAGAAAAAAGAAAAUGAACUGCUACUGGGGAGAAAAAAUACACCAAAGCAAAAAGAGAAGAAAAUUAAAAAGCAAGAAGAUUCUGAUAAAGACUCAGAUGAAGAGGAAGAAAAAAGCCAAGAGAGGGAAGAAACUGAAAGCAAAUGUGACUCUGAAGGGGAAGAAGAUGAGGAAGACAUGGAACCCUGCCUAACAGGAACCAAAGUGAAAGUGAAAUAUGGACGAGGGAAAACUCAGAAAAUUUAUGAAGCCAGCAUUAAAAGCACUGAAAUUGAUGAUGGAGAAGUUCUAUACUUGGUACAUUAUUAUGGAUGGAAUGUCAGGUAUGAUGAAUGGGUGAAGGCUGACAGGAUAAUCUGGCCUUUGGACAAAGGUGGACCAAAGAAAAAACAAAAGAAGAAAGCUAAGAAUAAAGAAGAUAGUGAAAAGGAUGAAAAAAGGGAUGAAGAGAGGCAGAAGUCAAAACGGGGACGACCUCCUUUAAAAUCAACCCUUUCAUCAAAUAUGCCGUAUGGUUUAUCUAAGACAGCAAACAGUGAAGGAAAAUCAGGUACCAGCUGUGCUCACAGUGCUAUGCCAGACAGCUCACCUCUGUCAAAUGGAAUGGAAGACUCUUGCUCAUCUGAUAGUGAAACAGAAGAUCCUUUAGAAAAGAAUUUGAUAAAUGAAGAACUCUCUCCUGAUAUUAAGGAAGAACUCGAAAAAAAUGAAAAUUUGAAUGAUGAUAAACUAGAUGAAGAAAAUCCAAAGAUUGCUGCACAUAUAUUAAAAGAAAAUGAUAGGACUCAAAUGCAGCCUUUAGAAACCCUGAAGUUAGAAGUUGGAGAGAAUGAACAAAUAGUGCAGAUAUUUGGAAACAAAGUGGAACAAGUAGAAGAAGUUAAGAAAGAGGCAGAAAAAUCUCCUAAAGGAAAGGGAAGGCGAAGCAAAACAAAAGAUCUUUCUUUAGAAAUUUUAAAGAUUUCAUCAUUUAGCCCCGAUGAAGCAGGAAGUGAACCUCACAUAGAAACUCAUAGUCUUGAAUUUUCCUCAUUAGACGGUAAAAACUUUUCUUGUGCUACUGAAGAUGAAAUUGACCAAUAUGGGAAAGAAAAAAAGUUGAAAAGGAAAAUAUUAGGACAGUCAUCACCAGAGAAAAAAAUAAGACUGGAGAAUGGAACAGAAAUGACAAAUAGUGUGUCUCAAGAAAGGACUGGUGAUUGUAUUGGAUCUGAGGGAAUAAAAAACUUAAAUUUCGAACAGCACUUUGAAACAGAAAAUGAAGGAAUGCCAUCAUUAACAGCAGAGUCGAACCAAUGUGCUCAAGAGUCCAGUGGUGAAAAACUUGAUAGUCCAGCUGAAGAAACUGUGAAUACACCACUGAAAGAAGAGGAAGAGGCAAUGCCUCUGAUUGGGCCCGAAACCUUGGUGUGCCAUGAAGUAGAUUUGGAUGAUCUGGAUGAGAAGGAAAAGACCAGCAUUGAGGAGGUGGUAGUUGAGAGCUCUGAGUCCAACUCCCUCGUUUCUGUCCCACCUGCCCUCCCUCCUACAGCUCAGCAUAACUUCUCAGCAGCUUCACCACUUACUCUCUCUCAGGACGAGUCUCGAAGUGUAAAAAGUGAGAGCGACGUAACGAUUGAGGUUGACAGCAUUGCUGAAGAGUCUCAAGAAGGUCUCUGUGAGAGGGAAUCAGCAAAUGGGUUUGAAGCCAGUGCUGCCACUGGUACUUGCAAUAUAAUUGUACAGGAACGAGAGAGCAGGGAGAAAGGUCAGAAAAGGCCAAGCGAUGGAAAUAGUGGAUUAAUGGCAAAAAAACAAAAGCGCACCCCAAAGCGAACAAGUGCUGUAGCCAAAAAUGACAAGAAUGGAGCAGGACAAAGCAGUGAUAGUGAAGAUCUCCCAGCUGUGGACAAUUCAAGUAAAUGUACCCCAGUGAAACACCUUAGUGUGUCUAAGCCUCAGAAGCUUACACGAUCACCUGCAAGAAUCUCCCCUCAUAUCAAAGAUGGAGAGAAAGAGAAACACAGAGAAAAACAUCCAAAUUCAUCUCCUAGGACAUAUAAGUGGAGCUUUCAACUCAAUGAAUUAGAUAAUAUGAAUAGUACAGAGAGAAUCUCUUUUCUUCAAGAAAAAUUACAGGAAAUCAGAAAAUAUUACAUGUCUUUGAAGUCUGAAGUUGCAACCAUAGACAGGAGAAGAAAAAGAUUAAAAAAGAAAGACAGAGAAGUGUCUCAUGCAGGAGCCUCUAUGUCAUCUGCUUCAUCAGACACUGGAAUGAGUCCCUCAUCAUCAUCUCCCCCACAAAAUGUCCUUGCUGUAGAAUGCAGGUGAUAAACAUUUUCUCUGCCUUCCCAGCAGUUUGCUGCCAUGGACAUAAAUUCCAAAACCCUGAAAUACAACCACAGAGAGCACUCAACUGGUUUGACAUUGCUAAGUAUAUCCUGUGUACUUUUCCAGGCUGGAUUGUAUCUAUUCCCUUUUCUCUUGUUUUAUCUUGUUGCAAAAAAAAAAAAAAAAAAAAAAAAAAGCUGAUUAAUAAUUGAAGGUUAGGCAGCCUGCCAUAUUUGUUAUAAUUUUUCCUCUUUAUUUUUUUCAUUUUUUGUGAUAUAGAAAAAAAGGGCACUUAGCAAAUUUGAAUUUGUAAAAUAAAGCUUUUCAGGUGUUAUAGAAAUCAUAGACAAGCAAGUGCACAUGGUAAACAUCAAAAUAUUAUCCAGCUGAAUAGAUACUGCUGCACUUUCACUAAGAUGUAUUUGUAUACUUGGUGAGUAGGGGGUUUAUGUUGUGUUUUUUAUUGUUAUUGAUGGUUUUUUUUUUUUUUUUAAUUUCUGUGGAAGCACUUGCUAUUUAGAACUGCCAAAGUAUAUGUUCAGCAGUGUGCCCAGGUUUAAAGGUGUAAAUGGGACAAAAUAAAUUGUGAAAGGAAGUGUAGUUGACUGAAAACUACAGUUGUAAUAAGUCUUCCACUUUUUAUAGGACUUUUGAGCACACAAUUAUGCAAAUAUUUUAAUGUUUAUUAAUGUUUACAGUGGAAUUGUGAAUAAGUUUUCAGUGGACUAUCUUAUCCCUUGACAAAAAUAUUUUGUCUUUUUUCUAUGUAAUUUCAGAGUUUUUAUUUUGUUACAAAAAUACAAAAAUGAAAUAUAUAACAACAAUGAAGUUAUUUAACAAGAUUUCUAAAGCUGAAAAUUUUGUGUAAAAUAAGGUAUUAUCUUGCAACUUGUUAAAUAUAUUUAUUCAGACAUUGGAUGUUGUAUUUUUAUGUAUUUUUUAAAAUAUUAAUAAAAUUGAAAAAAAGAAAAUUCUAGGUUAAUUCACUCUUUGGAUGACGCUAGCUCUCAGCUGUCCCUUUUACAGGAGGUACCUCCAGCAGCCUGGCCUGUACUGAAGGGAGUCUGUCUCAGUCCUUCAAACAGAAUAGAACUAUAAAUGGGCAUCUGGAUCAUUGAAGUAUGUCCUUAUUUAGAAACUUUGGCAGUCCUAGUAUUUAAACUGUUUUAAGGAUCAAAUUUUUGGUUGCCCUUCAGAAAUUUUGUCACAGUUUUAUGUUUGCUAUACUGCCGAAUAAAUUUAUAUCUCCCAAAGUUGAGAUGCAACAACUAAGUAAAGCAACUAUGUAUGCUUUGUCUGUGAAUUGUUCCACAGGCUGAUACAUUUUGUAAAUAAUUCUUCCAAAAUCAUGUAUUUAAAGCAGUUUUGCAUAUACAUUAUGUAAAAAGUGAUUUUUUAAAAGCAAUUUUUACAUUCAUGUUUGUACAUUGAAAGGGGUUUUUUUUAAACCUCCUUUUCUGUGUUUAAUACGCUGUAGAGUAUAACCUAGAUGCUCUAGACUGUAUAUCAGGAUCUGAUUUACAAGAACAAAGUCAGAGCUAAACACUAGUGAUGGCAUAGCAUUACUGAAAUCAUUGUUUCUUAAUUUCAUUUUACCACAUUGUGAACUUGUGAUUCAGAUUCCUUCCAUUUUCUCAGAGAAUUAAAAACAAAAAAAGUACUCUUGUAAAAUGCACUUUUCUGUCUUUUCUUUGCAAAGCAGAAGUAUUUCAAUGUAAAAUAAAAAUGGAGCUCAGCGGUCAGUAUUAAUAAAGGCUAUGUUUUAAACAUAGGCUUUAUAUUUUUAGUGUUCAUUUAAGUUAUUGCUUUUUCCCCAAAUGCCAGUAACUUUAUAGUUGGAAAAAUCAGAUUUCAAAAAACAAAGCAUUUCAGUGUAUUACUCAGCCUUUUAAUUAAAUAUUUUCUAGUACUUAUACAAAUAAAAAAAUGUGUCAUUCAAAUCUAGUUGAAACUAGGAAGCAACCUUAGAUUUAGACAUUGAGAUAUUUUCAGAGGCAAAUCAGUAAAUCUGAGAUAACUAAGUUUUUAGUUUGAGUACUGUCUAUCCCUUCUAAUUGAUAUAAAUUUGGUAGUGAAGUAUUGGGGUGUUGCUACAGAGAGUAAAUGAUAUAUUCAUUGAAUAAACAUAUAGACACUUAAAAUUCUUUUCAUUUGGGGCCUGGAAAAGGUUAUAAAAUUAAGUGAAUGUUUAUUAGGCAUUACAGUUCAAAUAUUGGGCAUGUUUUGAGUUUACCUAAAAUUUAGAUAGUUCUUACAUGUGACUAAGAAAGUAAAAGGGCAAAGACACUCUAAUACCUAAAAUGGAAGGUUUUAUCUGUAAAAUCAAGAUAUUUAAUUUUAGUUUACCAUGUGUGCCUUUAUUGUUUGCUGUUUUUGUACUAAAUAUUCAGUUUAACUGUCUUUUACUAGGAAAGAUGGUUGUACUUAGCACAUUUAGAAGACUACUACAUACUAUCUGUGAAAUUGCUUUAAAUUAUGGAAAUUAUAUUGAUUAAGCUAUUAAUUUAUUUAUGUACCUUUCUUAUGAGCCCUGUAAGUUAACAUAGUUAUCAAAUUAUGAAAACAUUUAAAGCUAACUUCAGCAACACACAAAACCUUAUCAGAAUUAAUUCAUCAAUAAUUUAUUGAGUAUCUUCUGUGUGGCAGGUAUUAUGCUAAUAAUGCUAAGCCAGGAGCCACAAAAGUGAAGAAGACUGAAGAAGGUCCCUGUCUUCAUGGAAUGUGUAAUCAAGUGGGGUAGAUAUUAAAACAAGUGACCUAAUAUGAAGUUUUGGUGUGCUAUGAGAUCACCUGAUUCAAGAGCUCAGCUAGUAUGAAGGCUUGCUUGGGUGGUCUGGAAGACUUUGCAGAGACAGCAACACUGAAUUUGAGCCCCCGUGAGGAUUAUUUGACUAGGAAAUGGGAGGAGAGAGAUGGAUCCUCUAGCAUUCCAAGAACAUAGGGAAGGAGAAUUUGGUACUAAGGAGCCAGGGUUAGAGCAGACCUGGGACGGGGCCAGGUUAAACAGAACCAUUCAGGUACUGCUCAAACUUUGCAACUGACCAUCUCUACUUCUUGCUCUUCUGUUCCUCUGCCACUCUCAUCCCUUGCCCAGAGCUGUCUUUUUUCUUUCUUUCUUUUUUAGUUGUAGACUAAUGCAAUACCUUUGUUUUUAUUUUUAUGCCUCACAUAUGCUAGGCUAGAGCUUUUACUACUGAGCCACAACCCUAGUCCCUAGAGCUGUCUUGAGCCACGUAUCCAUGAAGUUUUGGCUGACUUCUCACCACCAUAGAAUAUCAUCCUCUUGUUUGCCCUGUAGUGUUUUACCUGAGAGCUUACUUGUUAUUAUGUUUACUUGUCCACGUGUGCUUCUGCCCUACUAGAUCAUGAGUUCCUUAAGUGCUCCUUAGUCAUGGGUGUGUUCCACAAAGUGCCUAGUCCUAUCUCUAAUAAAGUAAGGUAGUCAAAAAUUGUUUAAAUCGAGAAAAAUUACUCUCAAUGCUAUUGUUUCUGUUUUGUUAUUAGUGAUUUUUAUACGCAAAGCCAGAAAUUCAAACGAGGUGUUCAGGUUUCUUUUUUUCAAGUGAUGGCAUUGAGGUCCAGGAAUGGGGCUCAGUGGUAGAGUGUUUGCCUAACAAGUGCUAGACCCUGGGAUCAAUCACCAGCAUGGAAAAGGGGAAAAACCAAAGAGAUGGAGUUGAAAUAUCAUUUGGAAAGUAUAGGAUAGACUUAGAUAACAUUUCCUCUCCAACUGAAAUUAUUAAUUGAUGAGUUGCUUUUCCUUCUCUCCUUCACUGUCAUGUGGUUACCCACAGCCUUUUAUUCCAUUAAAGGAAAGGUACACUGUGGUAGCAUUUAUCAGUGAUGAAGAUUGAAUGACUAUUAGAGUGGAGUUUGCAAUCCAGCAAAUAUGUACUUUAGUGUUUUCACAAUAAAACUAGAAAUUUUUUUAGUCCUUUAUUUAUUUUACAAAAUUGUUUUCCAUGUUGACAAGCACAAAAACAAAACAAAACAAAAAUGCUGUUCAUUCAUAUGGGACCCAUUAUGUACCUCUUUAAAUAGAAUAAGAAGGGUAGUACUUAUAAUUUUGGUAUUUGUAGUUAAAGUAAUUAUGAAGCUGUCUUCAUUUUGUUGUCUGUAUCAUGCAGAAUUCAUUUUGAAAAGUACUAUUGUAAAAAAAAGCUUAAGACCUGACAUGUUAAUAAAUAAUUAUUUGUAUAAGUAA